AUGGUGUCGUCAGUGUGCAGGGAGGAUAAUUUGGCCGGGAUUAGGGGACAUGCGACUGGGCCCAAAAAACAAUCCAUCCCCACAAUUACUGUCAGCUCGCACGUUGUCGCGGACUCGGCCAGCGUCGUGAUCAUGGACAAUAUCAGGUACGAUGGUUAGGUUUGGCAUAGCAAGGUUAAUAUAAUAGUAUAUUUUUAAUUCAAAUUUGAACGAAAUAAAACGAAAUUUAAAAAUUAAGGAUUAAAAAAAAAAAGUUAGCCAUGACAGAGUACAUUUACUUUAAUUUCAGGAACCAGGUGUUAGGAAGGAUACCCACAUUCGUUUUGUCAGCUUUAUUGGCGGUUUCCAUAUCUUUCGAUAUAUGUUGCUUCAAUUACUACGUAGAGGAACGGUUCACUGGUCCUUUACUCUUGAUAUCUACUUGUUUGUUCAAUUUCGGAGUUUUAAUUGGUGCAAUUACUGUCUGGGUGUUGUCUGAUAGGUACGUGAAUAUAUGUAAAAACAGCACUUACUACGGCAUCACUAUAAAGUAUGAAAGAAAACGUUCCUAAUGUAAUGCUAAUACUUUUUACUGUUAUGAAGUAGUUUUUUAAUUUCAGAUUUUCUUUAUGGGCUACAGUAUUCUUCCUAUCACUGUGCAAGGUUGUGCUACAUUUUACUUUGAAAUUAACUCUUCCGAAUCCCGUUAUUAUCACCGUUCUGAGUGCAGAAGGCUUGCUUCUUGGGUGGACACAAAGCGUCGUAUAUUAUCAAGCAUUUACCAAAGUUCCUGCCAUUUCCAAACGAUUGCUGCUAGCCGUAAGUAAAGGAAAUUGCAAUAUUUAUUGUUUAGGUAUUUUGUGGUUAUUUGUAACAUUAUUACAUUCUAUUCAUUAAUAUAUGUUGGUACUGUGUCUUUUUUAUUUAGUGAUGUUUUAGUUAUUGUUUUAGAUCAUUUUCCUUGGAUUUGGGUUGGGACAACUCAUUGGGACAUUGUUUGUGGUUGAAAACGACCACAUUAGUGUCACAAUCAACAAAAAUGUUACUGAAUUGUCAUUUUACAAGUCGGUUUACAACACGUAGGUUUUUAUGUUGACGAAUAGUCUUUUCUAUCACUCUGUUGUUAUAUUAUGGGUUACAUUACUAUAAAAACAUUUUAGUGCUGGAGCAUUGCAGCCAAUGUCAAUAUCCUUCCGAAUCUCAUUCGAAAACAUUUGUUUUGGAUCUGCCGUAGUACAAGUAAGUUUACAGUACACUUUUAUGACAAUGUUGAAGUUAUUAUGUUGUAACAUUUAUUUUCAGUGCUUGAUUAGUUAUCUGAUAUACGAUGUGUGGAAGACUCCAGAAUGCACAAAUACGUUUACCGUGACACGACUACAACAUGAUGUGUUGGUGGAGCAACCUUCUAACGAUUCGAGUAACGUAGUGAAGAAGUUGAUCUACAUAGGGUGGCUACUGGGAUUCUUGAGCAGUUCUCUGAUUGCAGGAGUACCACAUUACCUAUUUGGGUUCUCUAACGCCACAUACCAUGUGUAUCUUCUGUAUAUCUGCAUGGUAAGAUGUUUGGAGUUGUUUUACAUUAAAAUAAAAUUGUUUAAAGCCAUGAAUUCUUAAUCAACUUAUCUCUAAUCUUUGCAGUUUGGCUACGUGCUCGGCCGUAUCUUGUUCUUGGUGUACGGCAACAAGUUUCCGCCGACGUUCUGGUUGAUUCUGAGUAUGGUAGGGUAUUUGUAAACUUACAAUAAGUACAUUUAAAGGUGAUUACUGGGGCUUCUACAUGCGGACUAACAUUCAACGAGUUUCAAAUGGCUUCAGUAUUGUUUCACGGCCUCGGAGUGUCUCUAAUCUUCCCGGCAUAUUCGUUUUUCUUGCUGCGGAUACACGGUAAGUGAGGGAACGUCAAAUAGCACAUACCCAGUUUUACGUGGGGAAAAGAAAACAUCAAGUGUAAGAUCAAGAGAGAGGGAGACAAACAUUAUUUUGAGGAUUUACUGUUAAUUACGCCCUAUAAUCUUUACAUCUUCGUAAACAGGGAUUUUUACGGAUGUCCUAAAAUAAAAUGCCAUUUUAAGGCACAUCGAUCCACUCUUUGAUAAUGAGUUCGGUAGUGGCACAGUUUACAUAUCCGAUAUUACUGACCCAGAUGCUGUCGGCCUAUGGAGCAGAAUUGUACAGUGCUUCUAACUUCGGGUUACUUCUUGGGUUAAUGGUGGUGUUCGUCUACUUACUGAAUGUUAUGUCGAGUAUGGCUAGUCCAUCCGAUCCAGUACAACAGAGAGUAUGGCGUUUCUUCAGAGGGGAAGGUUUGAAGAGAACAACAUCGAUCAGGAAGUUCAUCUCCAGUGUCAGAGGCUCUAUUAGAGGCUCCAGGUACGGCAGACUGCGUAUAAGCAAGAGUCCUGGAGUCGAAGCUGCAACACCAUUAGGGCCGAAUCCUAUCGCUGUGAACAGCUACAGAUCUACGGACAGCUCGGCCAAGAAAAACAGAUCACGCUACGGUAAGAGACUGAACACUUCUAUCGAGGACGAGAACACUAGUACAUGUAUAACACCGAACACCGUCAGUCAAGCUAUAUCUCCUGAACCCACUUCAGAAGCGCCGGCUUCUGAUGUGAAUUCACCAUAAUAUAAACAAAAGCCAAUUAAUUUUAAAUUAACUUCAUAAUAUUUAAUAAAUAUCUGAUAUAUUUAAAACUCAUUACUUCAAAGUUUUAGUAUUAAAACGAAAGGAAUUUGAAUCAGCCAUAACCUUAGAUAUCAACCAGACUUCAGAAGCACCAGUUUCUGACGUUAAGCUACCAGAAAAAAAUGAUCCAAUACACUAG